GACGUCACGCCCGCGUGUCUUUGCCGCCUUGUCGACCGGCCCCUGGUGACCUCCAUCACCCGCGGGAACAGCAAGGCUGCACAAAGCGUCUCGAGGAAUGAAAAGGCGUGGCUUCCGCAGGCUUGGGAGUCCCACGUGCGAUGUUCCUUGGACAGACUUCCUGCUUCCCACGGAGGAGGCGGCCCUGCUCAGUGGCCGCCUCCUUUCUUGAGGCAGGCAGAGUAAAAACCAAGGCAGCUUGAUAUUGUUUGGGCCAGGGGAAGCUUUUCCUGUCAGACACUGUCUGCUGUCACAGUAACAGUUUAGUACCACAGCAUUACUCUCACUUUAAUCCAUAUCCAGCAUUUUUAAAGGCAGAUGUUUAGUAGAGGUGGUAUGGAUGAGAUUUGAGAUUACUUAGAUUUUUUUUUAUAUGCUUGCAAUGUUCAGCCAUGUUCGAUAAACGAGAAUAUAAUUUUGAUUAUAUUCCGAUUUACUGAAAGUGUCAGAUCAAUCAUACUUUUCGCCUAUGACGAUCUUUAAGCAAGUGGAAAGAAUUAUUUUUCCUUUUCUAGAUUAAAGGAAUUAUUUUUUUUAUGCAUAACUACCCAAAAUCUUUGUUGUAAAUAUGACUGUAUCCACAUUGACACUUUGGAGUUUGCCAUGUGCACAUAAAACAUAAAGUUUGGUUUGAUGUAUUUUAAAACUUUUUUUUUUUUCAAAAUAAAAAAGCCAAUUUUCUCUCCUGACAAUAAAAAUCGACUGCGACCUGUUGGACACGUUUCGCAGCGUAAAUCCGAUUCCUCUGUUUGGACCUCGGGCGUUUGUUGAAGAACUUUAGGGAGGAAACGGAAUUACUUAGAGCCCAAGUCAGCACAAAGCCAGAACACCAAACAUGGGUUUCUAUGUGAUUCAUAUGGUGACUUAUGUGUUUUCCUCAUCAGCUAUGAAGUAAGCAUGCCAACUGGGAAGAGAAGGUAUUUUCACACACAGCUAAUAGAAACUUGGCAUCAAUCACAAAAAAAAAACAACAAAUCUUUGAUUUGUAAAGAUCACAUUAGGGUGGUGGUUUCACGACCUGACUAUAAAAUGAUUGUUUAGUAAAUUGUUUGAUUAUUAUUAUUAUUCAGUUUCCUACUAGACAUCUUCCAGAAAUGUUGCUGUUUGGCAACAUGCAUCCACACUAAAUACCCAAGAAAUUUUACUUGCUGGCAAAUUUAAUUUUGUUUUUAAGGCGCUUUAAAAAGAAUGCCUCCGCCCGCUGAUUCUGCAGGUCGUUUCGAACAUGCUCAAACAGCGUGUGGUAACUAAAAGGUCAUGAGUCAGAGAUCAAAUUCUUGUGCAAGUCUUAAUUCCUGGUAUGUGAUGAAGCUCAGUACCAGUAUCAGUAAAACCAGCUGAUUGUUUUGUGUGUUUUUUUUUUUUUUUGUCCCACGGAAAGAUCCAGUGAAAUCUGGCAAAAGGCGCUGCAAAUACGACUCUGUGGACCGCUGCCCGCCAAUGGCAGGGAGGCUAUGUUGUCCUCGGGGGGAGUUCAGCUCGGUGGGAGGUUUGGGCGUGCUGGAGCAAGCUGUGCUGUCUCACUUUGCCUCCACCUCCGUCCUUCUUUGUAUGAGGAAAUCUCAAGAGAAGAUUGUGGAUAUGUUCAGCUCUUGGCACCUCUUUUGUCUCCACAAUGGGUCUUGAGCAAAAGGAGUGACUGAGAAUGCAGGACUUACUGGAUUCACAGAGCAAAGCAGCAACGGCGAUCAAUGAUCACAAUGGGCAGCCUCAAGACAGGAGGAAAGGUACGCAGAAGAGAACCUUCACCAGAUGGAUGAACGUGUUCCUGCAACAAAGAAAUCCUCCCCUCUCAGUCUCCGACCUGUUCACAGACAUUCAGGAUGGCAGAAUGCUCAUGGCGCUCCUGGAGGAGCUGUCUGGCUGCAAACUACUUUACAGGUUCAGGUCUUCAUCUCAUCGCAUUUUCAGACUGAACAACAUCUCCAAAGCCCUAGCUUUCCUGGACGACAGACAUGUGAAGCUUCUUGGCAUCGACGCCUCCAGCGUCGCUGAUGGCGUCCCUUCUGUUGUUCUCAACCUCGUCUGGAACAUCAUCCUCCAUUUCCAGGUGAAGGAGGCGACAGGAGGCCUGCAGAGACAUUUGUCUUCCAGCCUGUCUUCCUUAUCCCUGAGCGCCUACCCUUCCACAUGUGACCUCUCACCUCAAACCCGUGACAAUGAUGGCUAUUCCUGCAACACUCUGCCUAGGAAAGGGAAGAAGGCUGAAAGGGAGCCAAAGUACCACAGCAAAGCCAUCAAGACUCUCCUGCACUGGGUCCAAAGAUGCACGUCAAAGUACGGUGUGGAUGUGGACGACUUCGGGGCCAGCUGGAGAAGUGGAAUGGCUUUCCUGGCUUUGAUUAAGUCCAUAAAACCGGAGCUGGUCGACCUGAGGCAGAGCUUGUCCAAGGAGCCAAGGGAAAAUCUCCGCCAGGCCUUCAUGCUGGCCCAUCAGUGUUUGGACGUACCCCCCCUGCUGGAGCCUGAGGACGUGGCGUGCGCCUCGCCGGACGAGCAGUCCAUCGUAACAUACGUGUCGAUGUUUCUGCGGGAUCAUUCGGUCACAGAUGAGGAUCACAUGGCACAGUUUGACGUUCACGAGAUUCCCGGCUUUGUGUCUUUUGAACCAGUCGGCCUUGGACAGACCCUGGCUGACGACCCGGAAGCCCGAGCUCUGCUCAGAACCUUUGAGAAAAGCGACGAGCAGCGACUGUGGAGACAAUGGUCCAGAAAAUCUUCGGAGGCCUCCAGAGCCCACAACGCCAACAAGAGCGGGAGCCCCGAAACAUCCUUUCCCUUCACUCAAAGAGCAUUAGAGCCACCAAGUCCGCUGGAAGCAGGCAUAGCCAACCAGGAUAUCCGAUCGUGGAUGGAUAAGAGUUCGGAUCGAGGCCACGGUAAGAGAAGCCUCGUUUCCCAGAGCUCCGAAGAAGGAAUCUACAGCUUGUCGGCAUUAGAUUCAGACGAAGAGGACGCUUACAGCUACAUCCUGGAUCUGAGUAAAGAUGUUUUCCGACCAAGUAAUCCAUCAAAAAGACAAGUACCAAAAGUAGAAGAGGAAACGGCCGAGGAGAUGGAGGAAGAGUCGAAACAUCUGGCACUGCGAGGGAUGUUUGACGGAGGCGGACAUAAACAAGAAGGUCAUCUCAGGGCAAACAGGAAGUUGGAUUUGGACGAGCUCAAAAGCAGCCGUAGAGAGACGACAAACAAGAGGGCCGUGUUGGACUCGGAGCCAGAGGCCCGCACAGGAACAAACAGAGACACUUACACUGAGGAAGAAAGCAACAAAAGGAUGGGGAGUGAUGGUAAAAAGAAAGAUGGGCUUGACAAAGUUCAAGAUGGUGGCGUAAAAGCAACUAUUUUCGAAGUAGCAAGUUGGAAACAUGAUGAGGAAGGAGGAGCAGAGCUCUCUGGAAAAUUGGGUCUUGUGAGCGAGGGAACAGUGGAGGAAGAUUUAGUGGAGGAUCUGAGGGAGCAGAGUGAGUCGGAGGAAGCUCGUGUCGAGAAGAAAGACACAGGAAGUCAGAAACCUGUGAAAUUACAAAGUUUGAAUAAUAAAACAGCGGAAAAAACUUCCUCAGAAGAUGCUGGUUUCAAUAUCCUGAACACAAACGGGGCUACCAUCAGCAGCAUGGACUGUGGAGCUGAAGUGAAAAUGAAGGAAGCUGGUCAUUCAAUGACAUCUUCUGAUUACGGGUUCGUUCAAACAGAAGACAGGAGGAAACGGGGACCAACAAUCAGCAGGAUCGAGGGUCCGAAAGCAGAUCAGAGAACUACCCGCGAAAGCCGUCCUGAUGACGUCCAUGAGGGCGAAAACGUCCGGACUGUGACCUGCAGGGCGUCUCCUCAGUCGUUACGGAACAAUGGAGGACUCAGCCUUCAGUCCAUAGCAGCCUGCUGUAACUCAACCCCAUUAGAGCUGGAAGUCCUGCUGAUCCUGUGGAUCUCGCUCUACUGCUACCUCAUCCUGCCUCAGCUGUACCUCUGAGUCAACUUGGCUGUACAUCCUCGCAUCAAAAACACAUUUAAUUAGACCGGUUUCCUCUAAUGGGGCAAACGGAGACUCUACGGCUGGCCUGGCUUUUCUUGCGGGUCAUUAAACUUCCCUCAGGGUCACAUCGGAGGAUUAGAGAUUUGAGGACUUCUGCCAGCAGGUUUAACCCGGUCGUAAUUGUGGUAAUCAUUUCUAAUAAUCUGCUUGAUUCUAUUGAUUUCUAGGCUCCUCAAAGUGAUUGUUGCUGCUCAAAUGACCAGAACUCUGUUCAUGUUGGGGGCCGAUUGGAAAUUUCCCUGGGAGAAAUGAAUCCUUUCAGGCGUAGUUGACUCGACCCACCAGAUGGUGGCAUCGCUGCAUCGCAGGAGCUGUGCAUGGACGCCGGAGCUUUUGCUUCUCUGCUGAGAACCCAACAUGACCUGCUGUCAUGUUGGGCACGAUGGUCCGGCAUGUUCUGUUAAUGAGUUAAGCUUAUUCGUCUGGGGUUUUAAUUGCAUUUCUUGUUGAAUGGAAAUGCCGUAAAUGCGAAAUUGUAUUGUUUUGACAAAAUAAUACUGACAAAGUUUUGUGCAGAUUUGUAAUAGAAACACAGCCAGGAAUCACUAUUCCCCUUAUGCAGACGUAGACUUCGGACCGGUAAACCGCUUUUCACACAUCUGUACCAGGAGAGACAAUUCAAGUCUGGAAAGAUUUUUUUUUCCCCCCACUUAAACCAGAGAAGCAGCAUUCAAACUCGUUUACAGUUUCUGUCUGAAUGCCACUGCAUGUAUGCAGGGAAACUUCACCAAAAUAAAAGUAUGCGCCGGUUGCAUAAGAGCUCAAAAUCCAUGUUGACCAGCAUGCGAGAGAGGAACAGCUAUGCUCUGUCCUGAGAGUCCACCUGAUGCUCAUUAUUUGUUGGUGAAAUUCUAAGAAACUGAAAACAGGCUCCCACUGUUUGCUCGGAGCUCAGCCCAAAGGUCAAACGCUCGGCUCCAGAGAUCAAUAUGCUUUCAGCUCAACGGGCGCCCCCGCACCGAGCCCUCGCCACUCCGCCAAAGCAGGAGUGCUGCGUCUCCUCUGCCCAAUCGGGCCGGGAUGGCAGGGCCGGGCCCAAGCCUCCAUGGGGCCCUUAGCCAAAUUUGGCUUUGGGUCCCUCUAUUUCUGGGAACAAUGUGGAUUGUUGGAAUCAACAGUUAGACAAUUCGAUCAUUCAGACACAUAGAAAUGGUCUAAUUGUAACACAGACCAUAGAUCUAAACUUGUAGCUUCCAUUUAUAGAUAAUGACAAUGUUAUUACGUUUGAUUUAAUGCAUUCAGCAGGGAAAAAAUUAUACAUUUAGGAUUUAAUGAGGAAGUUUACUUUGUAAAAGUUUAAAGAAUCAUCUAGAUAGUUUGAUUGUUGUGUUACCAUGGCUAUGACACGGUGUAAUCUUUGUGUUUGAGUUGAGUUUGUUCACAAAUACAUCACCGCAAACAACCAAUAAUCAGUGAUUGAUUUUAAACUUGGUGAAUAAAUCUGGUCUCCCUCUCACAGAUUCA